AUGUUCACCACGAAGAUAUCAUCUGUCUCAACGCUAGCAGAGAGGCCAAUCAGAAAGACUACCUCACGUUAUACCGCGUUCCUCGUAGAUGAAUUUUGCGAGAGAGCAAAGAUUCACGAGCUAGACUCGGACGGAAUCAAAUGCUUGCUGUGGAUUUUUGGACUGAAGUCACAGCAGGAGGCAGAGAUCAGGCAGAGGCUGAUCACAAUACUGGAUAGAGACCACAAAGCAGGCAAAACGGUCUCACUGCAACAAUUGCAUCAGGAAGAGAGAGACAGUGAAGUUGUCGCCGGAACUAUGAAACUAGUGGAAGCCACGUCCGUCCAGAAGCGGAAGGAAAUAGAAUGUUGGAACUGUGAAGGCAACCAUCGUGCUAGUGGAUGCCAAGCGAAACCUUGGUUCUGCAAGAAGUGCAGGAAGGUCGGUCACAAGGAAAGGUUUUGUGACACUUUACGACAAAAGAAGACUGCGAGUCGCACAGAGGCGACGCAGAAAACUCAGCAUACUAAAGAGAAGUUCUCGAACGGAACAGAAACAAACAGAGGUCCGAGAAAAACAAGUACGAAUCGUCAAGAUUGCAAAUGCAGCAGUUCAGGCAAACUCUUCCCGUGUGUACAUCGACGCUGUAGUGAACAACUACUCACAUUGGAAAAGACCAAUAUAGUCGUGAAAAACGCAAGUGGAGAUUCCAUGAAGAUACAUGGAAAGCUUAAAUGCAAGAUUACCAUGAAAGGUGUCACUACUGAAGGAGACGCCUAUGUGACGCCGCAUAGCUCACUUUUGGGUCUCGAAUGGAUUCGAGCAAAUGAGAAUUUGAUGUACCACAUAGAAAUGAUGGCUGAAGUGAAGGCCAACUGCAACCCCAGACGUAAAGGAGAGUUGAAGAAAACGUUGAAGAGAGAAAGCUCAAAGGGAAGGAGAAACCGACAGAAGGAUACUUUCAAUGUUUACGGCAAGCACACCGAACCACCACACACAGAUGUCUUGAGGACAGAACAGAAUCAUUGA